AUGACUAGCGAUCUCUCAGCCUCGUCUCCCCACGCCAACCUCUACACAGCACACCCACUUUCACCGAACUCAAAAUGCAUACGUAUUAUUGAUAUUCACGCUCCUACUGCUUUGAGUCCAAGUCAAGAACCUGAAAUUAUCUAUGCCGAUCUUCGCGUUAUCGAUCUUGAAAGUCAGCCCUCUUUCGCGGCUCUUUCGUAUGUCUGGGGAGCUUAUGCUCCGGAGCCACACACCAUUUCAUGUAGCAAUUGCAAAAUUCCUGUGACUGCUAAUUGCUAUUCCGCUCUUCUACAUCUUCGGAAGAGGCUCGGGAGAUUCACUAUUUGGAUCGAUGCAAUAUGUAUCGAUCAAAACAGUGAUGCGGAGAAGUCACAGCAGAUUCCUCUUAUGAACCGCAUCUACUCAGAUGCAAAGGCAGUGUAUGUAUGGUUAGGAGAUGGUAAUCCUGCCACUGAUAGAGCGAUGAGAUAUCUAGCGAAUGCCGGCAAACUUGAGUACUUUAUCAAGAAUUCCACUAGCACCGAGGAGGAGGUCUUUUCGCCAAGGCCAUUUGCAGCAAGCUUUUCGGUGUAUACGUCUCGAUGGAGCUUCACAAGACAUCCGUACCUCUUUGAAAGUUCUGCGUCCGGAUGGCGUCUCCCUGCAUUUAUGCGUAUUAAAAGAUUCCAAAAUGCGAUAUAUGCCACCUAUGAGGAUCUAGAAGAUCUCCUCUCAAGAGACUGGAUACGACGGCUCUGGACCUAUCAGGAGAUCCUACUCGCCAACAAUCCUAUUGUGGUUUGUGGUAACGCGCACCUUCCAUGGUCUCGAUUUGAAUUGAGUAUCAUCUUUCUUGAAGACACCGGCGUAAAUUACGAAGAUAUAAUAACGCCGAAAAUUCAGGCACUGAGGUCCUGGAAGAGGGUCGCAUUCUCUAGGGAGCGCCUGAUUGCAUUAGAAUCAAAUAGACAGAUGCUGAACAGCUCUUUGACGAAUACCCAAAUGCCGCGGCUGCAACAAUAUCAGAAAUUCGUUCAUGGUAUUGUUGGAUGGAGAAACCAGUUUCUGACAGUGUUCUAUCCCAUAAUUGGCAUUUCCUGCGGGAUCACCAUAAUAUUCAGUAUUCUCACCGCCAUCAAGUUUAAUGAUCCUUCCGCUCGCACCGUACUCAAUAAAGCUGGCUGCAUCUCCAUUCUCGCCAUAUUUUCAAUCAUAGUAGUACUGUCCUUCUCGGAUCGCCUUCGGCGCUAUCUUUGUCACCAGCCUGCGACUCGAGCGCCAGUAGAGCCGACGGUAUCUGAUGAUUUGGUCGACGGGCUAUCAACUCGACAUGCAAAGGACCCCAAAGAUAUGGCGUUUGGUGUCCGCACCGUCUUACAAAAACGAUCAAAUCUCAAUCUCCCGGCCCCUGACUACUCAGUCUCAACUGGGCAAGUCUAUAAGGAGCUAUCGAUUCACCUUAUCGAAAUAUGUGGCUCGCUACAUCUAUUGGUAUUUGCGGCCUUAAAGAGUUUUCCGGAUCAGCCAUCGUGGGUUCCUGACUGGUCUUGCAGCUUGUACGAUUUCUGGCCGGGCCUCGAGGUGGAUAUUACCGAUUUCUAUGAAUACAGAAGCGAACGAGAAAGCAAAUUGGCUCAAAAUGCGAGGACAAUACCUGUCCCACGCUUUCGAUUUUCAACAUUGAAUGAUCGUAUCCUCAUCGCCUGCGGCCGCCACCUUUGCACUAUCAGUACGUUGUUUGAAUUCCAUCUCGCGCAAGAUAGCUGCUGGGGAACAGUUGAUCAACCCAAUUGGGAAAACCUCCAAACAAUCCUGGAGCUACACAAGCAUCACACUGGCUCGGGAAAUUUCGCCGAUUUUUUAUCACGCUUGUUCCGCAUAAAAUGGCCACCUAGCCUAAGCUCUUCCAGGCUAUUGCAUUGGAUGCACUUCCUAGAGUCUCAUCGUGAUAAGGAUCUUGCCAAUGCUUUUACUAUUCUUCAGAGGAGCGACUCGAUAUCGUUUCUAUCUUUCCCGAGUCGUUAUGGAGCUGGCCUAAAGAUACUUCAAAAAACUACCUAUCGAGAUAUCUGGGCAACCCAUGUUGAAAUAUCUAAUACUAUUGCGCGACUCAGUCGAGUAGCGUUUGCCGGAGAUCAUAAAGAAAUAGGGCUCUGUUUACGUAGCGCGCAGAUCGGGGACUGUGUCAAGUUUAUCCCAGGCGCACCGCUUCCUGUUGUCCUUUGUCAAUCAAACUGUGACGGAUUGUCGAUACUUGUCAGCCCGGCUGUUUUCGCGGAUGAAGAAUUCAAUGUUGCGAAGGCAAGUGGGAUGGGUAAUGGACUGGAAUAUGAAGAUAUCAUUCUGAGCUAG